AUGGCGCUUCCACCGGAACAGAUCAACAUUAAGCGGCGUCGUGAAGAGGAGCCCGUCGAGACGCUGUACAUCCAAUCCGCGCUCCAUCAAACCAAGCGCCGUUUCACGGACUACGUUUUCCAGCGAGUCCCAAUCAAGGCGGGCGAUGGAGAUGCACCGACUGAUGCUGGUGCACCAACCACUGCUGCUGCCCAGAGACUCUUGCGCAGCCCUCGCUCUGUGAGCAGCCUGCAUGUGAACCGACGUGCUCCCCAGCAGAGCACCACUCCUACUCCUGGCAUCACGUCCAGCGGUGUUCCGCUCGUGCGCAGAACAUCUCCUGGCGCCGAACUUCGUGAUGCACAGCGCCGAGCUGCUGCACUGAAGGAGGCCGAUGAAAAGCGUAAGCAGGCUUUGCAGCCUUCGCCUCUCCAGCCUUCGCCCGCACAGUCUACCCCACAGGAUGAACGCCGUACGCCUGCAACUGGUACUUCUGGAUCUGGUGCUUCGUCUAGCCGAGAUUCUGCCAUCCGCCGCUUCCAAAUCUCCAAGGCUAACAGCCCUGCACUCCGAGCUGCCGGCGGUGGCAUUCAGAAGCGUCGACCCGGUGCCCCGCCCGGCGUUGCUGUUCUCGUUGAGCAGCUGCAGCGUAACCAUUCGCGGAAGGCAUCUAUGGUUGACGACUUGGUUUGCCAGGCUGAACUCGAUGACUAUGUGAAUGUGACUCCGCCCUCGGAGCCGGCCAAGCCACGCAAGCGACCCGUCGUCAACCAGGCCGAGAAGAAAUGGAGAGAAGAGCGCAAGAAGGAGAUUGCCGCUGCUAAGCAGCACAUAUCCGAGGGGCUUGAAAAUACCGCGAAGUCGCACCAGAGCACCUGGGAGGAGGAGUCUGACCGGCUGGCAAAGGAGUUUGAAUCGAUUGCGCUGGAGAUCGAGAAUGGCAUGGAACUCGAUCCCAGCAAUGGAGGAGAUGCCCUGCCUGGCCACGAAGAUGCUCCCGCCAAAUCUUCUUACUCGCGAUUCUCACAGCCAGCCUCCUUGAAGUAUCAACCGCGCUUCCCGAACAAGCUUCGCGCGCGGGCUUCGGACUCGAACCAACCCCCUGCUCCCGAAGAUCCCACGGAAACGGAUGGCGCCGAUACCCAGGCUGUGGAUGACAAUGAUGGAGACUUCGUCUACGAUGUCUACAUUCGACGACCGCUGACGGAUAAUGACAAGCUUACGAACCCGUUAGCUGAAUUCGAGUCGGACAAGCAGCUGAAGGAACUCGAAGCAGCUGCCAAUGCUGGCGUGGGUGUCAUCGUGAUCACGGAGGAGGAUGAGGAAUACUGGGACCAUUUCAUCGAAGAUGAUGAAGAGGAAUGGGACAGUGAGGACGCGGACUCGAAUGGUGAGUUUCAACCGGACCUCCUUGCCAAUCCCGGCUUUUACGUUCCCUCCAACCCUUAUUUCCUUCUUGCUGCCCUGAUUGGCUCAAGCAUUGCAAAUACCCUUAGCUUGGACCGUCUUCCCACUCGAAACGAGACAGAGCCAUUGGAAGAAGGAUGGGACAAUACUGAUGCGCCUGUAGCUGAGAACAAUCCGGCCAAUGAUUAUCCAGAGGAAGAAUUCUCGACUGGCGACGAGGAGGACGAUCCUACCUCCUUCUUCGGCAGACGUCACAUCGCGUCCGACGACGAGGAAUUCGACAUUGACGACUCCGACAUCGAGGGUGGCGCCCGGCUCGGAUCUACUACCCACACUGGCUAUGGUGGAUAUCUGUUCUUUGGUCGAUCCCCGACCGACCGACACGUGGAUUCGGACGACGAGAGCGUCUGA